AUGUCGUUGGAACAACUCACCUCCCAAUUAUCCAAGAGCUUUGCGGCAAACAAGUACGCAGAGUGUCUGAAGCUGCUUCCGCAGAUCAAGCUGCAGCUCAUAGAGCAGAACCUGCUUGUUCCGUCGCUUACGACGGCCGCCAACCCGAGCGAUCUGGCCAUCACACGUUCCAUUUUGGAGAUCGGCGCGCUGGCCUCGAUCAAUUCCGAAGAUCUCAGCGGGUUCUCCAGCUACAUCACGCUGCUCAAGCCAUUCUACGACCUCACCAGCCUGCCAGACUCGCCCAACAAAAACAAGCUGCUCAGCUUGUACCUUUUGCUGCUUCUCACACAGGGAGACCUUGCCCUAUUCCACAUCGAGCUCGAGCGGCUGGCAAAUUUCGGUCUCUCGGUGGACGAGCUGGAAAAAGACCAGUACUUUGCCAUUCCAAUCAAGUUUGAGAAGUGGAUCAUCGACGGCGACUUUUACAAAGUGUACGAGCUGCUGAGCUCCAAACACAGCUUCCCAUGCAAGGAAUUCAACCUGUUUGAGAAGGAGCUGCUGGACUCCAUCCGGCUCACGAUCGCCACCAACAUCGAGUCCAGCUACACCACUCUGCCGCUGGAGAACUUGAAACUGCUGCUUUUCCUGAGCAACCUUGACGACGUCAAAUCCUACAUCGACCAGAUGGGCUGGUUUGUGCACAACAACGAGGUCCACUUUGACAAGCGCAGCUCUGCGAUAGAUGACGAGAUCAACGACGAAAAGCAAAUACUGAAAAACGCUCUAACCUACGCCAAGGAGAUGGAGAGCAUUGUGUAG